GCAAGAUCUUCGUUGGGAAGCGGUGCAAUGUCGAUCCAUGGUGGCGUGAAGGACGGUGAUUUUUCAGGGAUCUCAGAAAUCAGGAUAAUAUCGCGACACUCCGACAGCUAAUGAGAGAGAGGAGACGAACGGGAUUGACGCGAUGGAAUCGUCGACAGCAACCGAAACGUACGACAGAGAGGCGAUACUCCGCAAGCUCGCAGGUGACGAGUGCUUGAGAAAAUAUCUUCUGAACAGCGCCAGAGAAUCGCGGAAGACCGAGACUCCGGAGACGAAGGCAUUCGAGGAAUCCGACGGCGAAUGCCUGGAAUCGGUUGUCGAAGAGCUGCGAGAAUUUUUAAAGCUAGUACCGGACCGACUGCUGCACAUGAUGACAGGAUUGUCUCGUCCCGGAGACUGCGGGAGACCCGCCGACCAAAAGCCCGACUGGCUCGACAUGGAAAAGCUACGACGAGGUCAGAAAUUUGCUCGGGACCACAAAUUCUCACUAUACAUCGCCGACAUGUUUUCCGUAAUGUGUGCAUACACCUUUCACGACACACUCAAGCUGAUAAUUCUAACUGGGCAGUCCAGCACACCGUUUACGGCCUUUAAAAGGUACAAGUCCGUGAUGGUGAAGAUUCAACACUGGUACUCUGACGAUCCCUGGUCAAAGGGAACGAAAGCUUGGAAGGACAUUUUGACUGUCAGAGCGUUGCAUGUUGCUGCGAAACGUAGAUUGAACGUUUCGACAAACGAAGAAAUAGACAAUGCCACAAAAAUUCCAAACAUGUCGUGUCCGACGCAUGAUAUAUUGCUAAAAGAUUUUUCCGAUGCUUGUGAGGUUCCUGCGGUCGGUCAGUGUCCUUUUCUGGUGAAGCCGACCGAUCCUGAUCGACCCAAGAGUUUCAAUCAAUUUGAAGCGUCGUUUGCGCAGUGGCAGUUCGUCUGGCUGGCGAUCUGUUACCCUGAACACCUCGGAAUUCAUAACGCUACGGACGAAGACUUCGAAGCUUAUUGUCAUUUGUGGAGAAGCAUCGGCUACCAGUUAGGAGUGGAAGACGAGUACAACUUUUGCCGUGGCUCUCUCGCCGAAAUUCGACAAUGUGGUCGCGAUUUUAUUGAGUUGUGGGUGAAGCCUCAUCUGCGAGAAGUGAUGCCUGAGUGGGAGCACAUGAUGAGAUGCAUAUUCGAUGGUUUCAAACGCGCUUCUCCGUACAUCAACUUCGAAACUUCCCUUCUCUUCGUUUGCGAAAUUCUUGAUCUGAAAAUGCCGCGGCUCUACUCGUCGCUGUCUUACAAAGCCUGGAUCAAUCACUAUCUCAUGAAGUCUUUGUUUUACUACGGAAUGAAACUGCCGAGUGUUGUCGAUUUCAUUAAUACCAAGCUGCAACGAACUUUGGAUCAGAGCGAAAGACUCAGCCCGGCGUCGUUGGAGAAAUUACGAAUUAAGUUAGGAGGAUAGUUUGGGAGUUACCUGCUUAAUUUUUUAGGAAGAUGAUAGUUGUAUUCACACAUUGGGAAUAAGGGUGUAAUUAUUAUAAUCUGUGAUAUCAGCGAUGACAACGGAAUGGUUUAGGGUGGGCACACAUCACGAUACUUAAGUUUAUAAUAUUCAAAGCAACAUAAGAGUUGGUUAGAUAAUUACAGAAAUGAAGAAAUAAACUCGAGUCAAAGGAAUUACCACGUCGAUUAGUCAAAUAUUGUCGAUUAAAUUCAC